UUAGAACCGUUUUUACACAAUCUGUCACGUCACGGAUAUUGUGGAGGGCAAUAGUGGCGCGUUCUAAAACUGUAAUCACUUUUUCCCCUCUCCUCUUAUUUUCGCAAGAUUUUUCUCAAACGCCGUUUUGCUUUGCAUUUUCUCCAUUGCUUCGCCAUCUCCAUUCGCUCUUCCUCCCAACCAAACCCUCCUUGUCUCUUUUUCUCGCCACUUCCAUUGAUAACAGAAAGGCAUCUUCCUGCGCAACAAACCCUAGCGAUUCGAAGCUACGCGCGAAGAGAGGAACAGCCAUUGAACCUUCGGCGAUGGCGGUGUGCGACGCGAUUCACUGAGUUGAACCGGAUAAAGAUCUGAAUCGCGGUGAUCGGUUCGACGCGCUCAUGGGUGCUGCGGGUUCCAAGCUCGAGAAAGCUCUCGGCGACCAAUUCCCCGAAGGGGAACGCUACUUUGGCCUCGAGAAUUUCGGCAAUACUUGUUACUGCAACAGCGUUUUGCAGGCACUAUACUUCUGUGUUCCUUUUCGAGAACAAUUGCUAGAGUAUUAUGCAAAUAACAAGAGCUUGGCAGAUGGUGAGGAAAAUCUUUUGACUUGCUUAGCCGACUUAUUUUCACAGAUAAGUUCUCAGAAGAAGAAAACGGGUGUUAUUGCUCCCAAACGAUUUGUUCAGAGGUUGAAAAAACAGAAUGAACUCUUCCGUAGCUAUAUGCACCAGGAUGCUCACGAAUUCUUGAACUUUUUGCUAAAUGAACUUGUUGACAUUCUGGAGAGAGAGGCCAAGGCUGCAAAAAAUGAUCAAGAAACAUCACCACCUUCUGAAAAGGCUGCAAAUGGACCUAAUAAUGGUCUACCUAAUGGCUAAAAAGAGCCUUUAGUUACUUGGGUGCACAAAAAUUUUCAGGGAAUUCUCACCAACGAAACUAGGUGCCUGCGUUGUGAAACUGUGACAGCUAGGGAUGAAAUAUUUUUUGACUUGAGCCUUGAUAUUGAACAAAAUAGUUCAAUUACGAGUUGUUUGAAGAACUUCAGUUCAACGGAGACAUUGAAUGCUGAAGACAAAUUUUUUUGUGACAAGUGCUGCAGUUUGCAAGAAGCUCAGAAGAGAAUGAAGAUAAAGAAACCACCUCACGUCUUGGUCAUACACCUUAAGCGUUUUAAAUACAUUGAACAGCUGGGACGCUACAAGAAGCUGUCUUACAGGGUUGUCUUCCCUCUAGAGCUGAAAUUAAGCGAUACUGUUGAAGAUGCAGAUAUUGAGUAUUCUCUAUUUGCAGUAGUUGUUCAUGUUGGGAGUGGGCCCAACCACGGGCAUUAUGUAAGCCUUGUGAAAAGCCACAACCACUGGUUAUUUUUUGAUGACGAAAAUGUUGAGAUGAUUGAUGAGUCUGCUGUUCAGACAUUUUUUGGGUCAUCGCAAGAGUAUUCCAGCAAUACAGACCAUGGUUACAUUUUGUUCUAUGAGAGCAUUGGCUCCGGUAACAGGAACUAGAAGGAGGAGCCUAACGAGUUUUAGGUACUUGAAUCAUUUGGACUUGUGUUUUUCAUCUGUUUAUGGUUAUUUAUUUUUCUUUAUUUUAUUAAACCUGCUUGAGGAGUUAUACGCGAUUUAACGAGAGGAUACGGGUUGUGAAAAUGUAUACUUAGCGGUCGACAUGUACAGUGGAUAGUGGAAGCACUGUCCUUUCCCCCUUCUUUCUUUUCUUUAGCAAUAAGAGCAGUGUAUAUCAAUUUCGCCGACAGUGUAAUCACGAUUUUAAUCGUUAAAUCAAUAGAAACACAAUGAAAUGUCAAGUCC